CUGGCCUCGUUAGUACAGAAAAAAGGGACGAUUCCUCCCCGAAAUAAUACUGUCCCUGUGUACUGUGUGUGGCAGCAAACAGCCGCUCGGACUGCCUCCUGUGUGCGUGUCGGAGGGAUUGGGAAUGCUGCACUAUGACAGAUAGUGCGUUACAUGCGACUGGACAUAUCUGCAGUGUUUUGUAGUCAGUUUUUAUUUGGAGGAUUCGGGGAGAAGUGUUGCGAUUUGCUCGUUGACAGCUGGACCGCCCUGCGCCUUCAUUGGAGGCAAACAAGUAUCCGCUUCCCUUUAAGAUAUUGUCCAGUUGCCAUUCAAUGUCCAGUAGCACGUGGCUGAGGCUGCCCUGUGGCUGAUCCUGAUGAUGCUUUCAACUAACCGCUCCGGAGGUGCGUGGGGAUGAAAUGGAUGGAGCCCAUGGCCAGACCAGCGCACCAGCUCCCACUUCCCAGCAUGUCCAGCCGCAGCAAGUCUCCCCCCAACUCUGGAGAAGCUGCAGGCUCUAACUCCAUGGCAUGGGUGAAGAUGUUCAAAAAACCUGGAGGAGGUCUGAAGAAAUCCUACCAGCCUGGGAGCAUGCUGUCUCUCGCGCUCACCAAAGGCUUGCUGAACGAACCCGGGCAAAAUAGCUGCUUCCUAAACAGCGCUGUUCAGGUGCUUUGGCAGCUCGACAUCUUCAGGAGAAGUUUGAGGCAGCUCUCAGGUCACUUCUGUCUCGGUGAUGCCUGCAUCUUCUGUGCUUUAAAGAGCAUCUUCAGCCAGUUUCAGCAGAGCAGAGAGCGUGUGCUCCCCUCCGACAGCCUGCGUAACGCUUUAGCUGAAACCUUUAAGGAUGAGCAACGCUUCCAACUUGGCCUGAUGGAUGAUGCUGCUGAGUGCUUUGAGAACAUCCUGGAGCGAAUUCAUUUACACAUAGUUUCAGACGCUGCGACUGAUGCAUGUUCAUCCAAAUCCUGCAUCACCCAUCAGAAGUUUGCAAUGAUGCUUUAUGAGCAGUUUGUGUGUCGCUGCUGUGGAGCAUCUUCAGACCCACACCCAUUCACAGAAUUCGUACAUUAUGUCUCAACCACUGCUUUAUGCCAACAGGUUGAUCGCAUGUUGGGGAAGAACGAGCGGCUCAGGUCAGACAUGUUUGGAGAAUUGCUGCAGGCAGCAAACAACACAGGGGACCUCCGAAGCUGCCCGAGCAACUGUGGUCAAAGUAUCAAGAUCCGCCGUGUGCUCAUGAACUGUCCAGAGAUUGUCACUAUUGGAUUCGUAUGGGACGCUGAGCAGUCUGAUCUCACGGACGAUGUCAUUCGGUCACUCGGCCCGCGUUUGAAUCUUUGUGGGCUUUUCAACCGUGUUACUGAUGAAAACGCCAAACGAAGCGAGCUUCAUCUGGUGGGGAUGAUCUGUUUUUCGAGUAAACAUUACUCAGCCUUCGCCUAUCACACCAAAUCUUCAAAAUGGAUGUUUUUCGAUGAUGCUACUGUAAAGGAGAUUGGAUCCAAAUGGAAAGAUGUUGCCUCUAAAUGUAUCAGAGGACAUUUCCAGCCACUUCUUUUGUUUUACACCAAUCCCGAGGGAUCUCCAGUGUCUAAUGAAGCUGCACCGAGACAAACCACUAUGUGUCCUCGGUACAAAGCCCAAAUAAAUGGUGACAUGACAGUGAAACAUCCCCUUGGCAGUCCUAACAAACUCCAGGAACCUUUCAUGGAGAAUUUGCAGAGGCCAAGUGAAACAUCCAAGAAGGAUCGAGGGCAUCGGAAAACGGACCCAUCACAACACAAAGAGAUGGCACAUGCAAGAUCUUCAUCUCCUCCAGAGAGUGGACCCAGGCCUCCUGUGGACCAAAAAUGUAAAAGCUAUCCACGCACGGAGAAGUCAUCAAACCAUUCAAGCAGAGGAUCUCAGGAGCCACGUGGACAGCCCUUCGGUACGCAGGGUGGUGGGCACAGCCGGAGGAACAACACUUCCCCAAGUCGCUUUGAUCAGGAUAGCUGCCAGGAGCAAUGGGAAAAAGGUGGAGGUGAAGGGAGUCGCAAUAAAUCUAAGUCCACGUGGAGACCCAUUCGGGAGGUGUUAAAUGUGGACACAGUAUUGAACGAACUGGAGCAGCGGCGUCAACAGCAAAACGACAGCCCGCGGCACAGUAAGCCUUUAUCCCAGGAAAGAGUGCACACGGAACAAAGCCGAGACCGCGAACGGGAACACGUCCGAACCAGAGAAGACCGGAAGCAGAAGUGUUUAAUGACUAUUUAUGAGGACGAGCAGCGGCAUGAGACUGAGAGCCACAGCUCUGUAGAGUCAGAGAGCAGGGCCAACCAACAGAGGGGCAGCAGACUUAAGGGCGGCCCCAAGACGCUACUGCGUAGUGACACCUGGACCAUCCAAAGGACAGAGUCUGGCUAUGAGAGCAGCGAUAGACUCAGCAGUGGCUCCACCAAUCCAGACUCACCUGGCGUCGAUGGCUUUGUUGUUAAAGACCAGAGAUCAACACCAGAGGCACAGUUGCAAAGUCAGCUGCACCAAAAAGGAGGCGAUGCCAAAUCAAGUACAAUAUCCUCACCUUCACACAAUGGUAAACAUCAAGCCAAACCUCAGGGAAAGAACCAUGACCAAGUUUCACAUUCACAUCUAAAGUGCAGUCCAAGUUCGAGACGGAAAUCAAAGAUCACUAGUACCUCCAGAAAAGCAGUUUCCUCAGAGAGGGACUCCACUGGCUCAGAUAACAGGCAGAGUGAGCAGCAGGAUCUGACAAACUGUAGAGGGCACACUGGAGAAAGUACAGCCCAGAGGCACAUUACAAAAACCAGCAGCUCCGAAUGGAACAGCUCCGAUGAUCUCGCUCUCUCUGAGCCCGAAGACAGAGAAAACGCAUACCGCUCCAGCAACAGCGAAGCCUCUGAAUCCCAGUGUGCUCACAUGACCCUGCCAUGCCACCCUCCCAGCAAUGUGACUGCAGAACCUCUCCAACUGAACACUCAGCGUCAGCUCGGCACGACAGGGUCGCCUCACCUUCGACCGAGCCGGAUCUCUCCUCACCAGGGUGAAACGAGCCACGCCGUGUUUCGCCCGAGGAUGCUUCAAGAACCCUUUCCAUCCAGUCCUCGUCUUUCAUCCACGUAUGUUAGUCUUCACAGGAGGCCUGACAUUUCAGGCCUCAGAACCUUCUCGGAUGCAAGCUCCAAGUCGGGCUCUGACCCAGAGAGGAGUACCCCAUCAUCAUGCGAAAGUGAGGAAAGACUGACUGGCUGCAGAGUAGAACAGGCAGCGCCGGCUCAAGAGGUUUCUCUGACAACAUACUUCACUGUGGAUAACUGUAUGACGGAAACAUACCGUCUCAAGUACCACAACCAGAGGCCUCUUGUCCUCUCAGCCACGGUGCCGCGGACAGUUGUGACUGAGCGCAGAGAUACCAGCCACACACUCCCCACUGACACAUACUCACAAGAUGUGCCAAAAGCCAGACCUGAAACAAGCCAUAAUAGCAAUAAACCCACUGCAAAAUGGAACCCAGUGACAGCCAAAGGACUGGAUGAACGUGGUUUUUUAUGAGUGUUACUUGGUAAGGUUUGUUUACAUGGAAGUGGUCAGUAGAGUACUAACUGGAUGCCAAAGAGUUUACAGAAUGGAAAUAUGUCCUGACUUCUCCAAAUUGCGUGGAAUUUAUUUAUGCAAGCUUGUCACAUAAGUAAAACCUAUUUUUAAACUCUGUUGCGUGUCGUUUGACGGAUUGUCAACUAUCACGUAUCGGUACCGUCUUCCAUUGUCCCGCAGUAUUGCUACAAGAGGAUUUUGUUUUAACCAAAAUCUGGCUUGUUUUCAGUUUGCACAAAGGGUUGUUGAGUCUUUAUUAUUCUUUUUAAUGACCUUAUGUCAAGUUUAUAAUGUUUAUUUUUUUAUUUGUGCAGUAGUUCUGCAGAAGUGCUGCAGAACUGAAGAUUAUGAAGAGAUUAUAGUGAGCCACAGUUAGACUGGGGUCUGUACAGUACUUAUACUAAGGUGAAAGAAGGAAGUGUGAUGACAGAUCACCGCAUGUUGACGAGAAAAGAUGUGUUAAACGUAUCAGAAUAUGAUGUCAUUGUACAAAACAAAAUAAAGCCUACAGGUCGAAGGUUUGCGUCACCCGCAGCAGGUUAAAGGUAGUUCACUUAUUUACGCCUGUCGAAGGAGUAAUAUCUGAGCAGACUAUUAUGCACAUUGAGGGCUUUAGGUCACCAGGGCACAGACAUUGCAACACUUGUGUUUAUUCAGUUACUGAUUUGUUGAAACUUAUCGUUUAUCAGUUAUUUCACAACAUUUAUGUGUUAAUGAAUGGCUGAGGGCUGCCAGUCAACUUCUCUGGCUGUUCAAAUCUGUUGACAAAGAUUCUUCUGCCUCCAUUCAUUAAUAUGUUUAGAUCUUUCUCAAAAUGUGAUUUUGCAUGACUGUGUUCAGUUUCUGGCAGUCUACAAAUCCUACAAUUUGUCGACUAUGAGGUUGUGAAGUUGGGGCAGCCCUCGUGUUGUUCGAUAGGUCACUAUAUACUGUGCGACCAUGUCACCUUGUGUAUUCUACCCUGAUUGUGCUGAUUCUUGUAAUCCUUUUUUGGUAAUUCACAGUGAUGUCAAAUUGUAUUUUUUCAGUCUUCCUUUUAAAGUAGACAGAUUUAAACAGGUCUGUAUUCGCAGGUAUUUUCAUAAGGAUGCCAUUAUAAUUAAUAUGCCUAUCUGAUAUUGACCAUACAACACAACAAUGAAUCUUGUUCGUAAGAGUAAUGUUCUGAAACCUGCAUGUGGCCUUUACAAAGUCUUACAAGCUGUGUGUACAGCAUAAGCAUGAGCAUGAUAAUGAUGGACUUUGAGUCCAACAAACAUACAUUCUAUUGGAUUUUACUUAAUUGUAAUCAAAUUCAUUCAUUAAAUAGUCAUUUGUAACUACAGUGGAUUUGGAAACUUUUUUAACACUUGAAUGUUGUUCCCCUCUCUUGCUCAUGCAACAGCACAUACCUUUGGUUAUCAACUGUAACUAUAAAUGCUGGUAAACAACUGACUGUCCAAGACAUACUAUGCAUUCACUAAAAAUGACUUUAACAUUACUUUAAAAGAAGAUUUUGGUAUUUUUAAGGCUUUGUAUUCUGUACAUCCGACAUUCCCGAGAACGCAUAAAAUCAGAGUGUUGUUAAAUUUUAGAAUAUUGAUAUCAAUGUUCUUUUGUGCUGACUAGAUUGCCAAGUCUUUUCCUAAACCUCAUGCCAUUUAUGCAUAUUUUUUCACUUUGCAUUUGUGUCUAUCCAUUAACCUUUGUCCAGGUGUUUCUCAACUAUUCUAACUGCACACAUUUAGUCACUAACUGUGCUGUUUGUGUGUGUUGUGUAUGUGCUGUCUGGCACUAAAGGAUGGUGUUAAAAGACGUUUGGUGUGUAACCAUACCCUUCCUUGUGAUUUGAGCAUCUGCUUGCAUUUGUCAUGCUUUAUUUAUUUUUUAAUUCAAGAAGAAAAAGUUAUCAUGUUAAGAAUUGCUUUAAUUGAGCAGUCGAUUCGUUCAAAUAACAUAAUAUAAAGAUGCCUUUACACAAAAUUGUGCUGUAGUAAUUAUAAAUCACUCAAUGUACUUUUAUUAUAAGAUAUCUAAUAUAUUCACUUGAUAAAGAAACCACUAAACCUUUGGAUUAGAUGAAGCUCAGUUGGUUUAUUAACCAGAUUAUUUUAAUGUCGUCUCACCGGCAAAGUGUUAUUUUGUGGUUUCUUAUGUGACUAGGGCUGCAACCAAUGAUUAUAUUCAUUAUCGAUUCAUCUGCCGAUUUAUGUUUUUAGUUUAAUUGGUUUGUCAAUGUAAAUAUCAGAAAAUAGUGACUAAUGUCCUCCCAGUUUCUCAAGUCCAAGGUGAUGUCUUUAAAUGUCAUGUUGCAAAGAUAUUACAUUUAAUAUGAUAUCAGAGAAAAACAGGAGAAAUUACUUUAUCAAAAUAGUUGGCAACUAUUUUUCUGUCCACCGACUAAUCAAUUAAUCAAUUAAUCCACUAAUCGUUGCAGCACUAUAUGUGACUAAUGAUUCAUUUAUUAUUUAUUUUCUUCAUCUGUAAAAGUAGGGAUUGUUUUCACACAAAUUGUAUUUUACAUUCUGAACUGUGUGUCUUCAGCUGUAUCAACAGUGCCUUGACAUUUUUCCUUGGGACAUGUUAUUUGUGAGUUAAACCACAGUUAGGGACUGAAGGUGACGAUUGAAAGGGAUGAAGGAUGUCAUGCUAAACUUUUUAAAUAUGCAAUGCUAAUAGUGACAUAUCUGAAGACACCAUUGUACUGUGUGUGUAUGUGUAUGUGUGUGUGUGUAAGGGAGUGACACGGGGCAGAGAUUGGUGCCACGUACAAUAUUCAUAAAAGCCCUUUCAGACUUGGAAGCUACAACAACAGCUCACUGUUCUCUCUGCAUCCAGUUGCAAGGAGCAGAAGUUUGACAUGUUCAAAUGUCAGCGGCAGAAAAUGGGAAAAUCUGUGCUUGUAAGUGGCAAAUGCAUCCCACCUUCCCAGUUUGAAAGAGCCUUAAUGUAUAAUAACUCAAAGAUUAACUUGGGUUGCCUGCCUGUGUGUCCGUUUGUGUGCGGGAGUUUGGAAAAAUAAGCUGACAAUUAGUUUUCCUCUUGCGCCCGUGAUCCACAGUCUUCAGUCACAGUAAGGCUUUAUAUACUCGAGGGGCCUGUUUGACAAAAGGACUUUUUGUCCUGUGUUACAUAAUGUCCCAGUUGGCAUUGCAUCAAUUCAUACCUUUAUCUUGUGCUAAACAUACAGGGACAUAACCUAAUUAGACUGCAUUGCAUCAACACUCAAGAACAAAGGAGACAUUUCCCCAUUAUGUCACAGAUUUGAUCUGAUAAGUUACUGGCUGAUGUGUCCUGAUGUGUUGGAACUGUACGCCUCACUGAACCCUACCGUCACACAUCUGUGUGUGAUUAGGGUUUGUCGUGACAUUACUGUUAAAUUGAGUUGUCGGUGCUUCAGUGAAUGCUUCAUGACUUGUGUAAGUACAGAUCAAUUUAAAGAAACAUGAAAUCUGUCUACACUUUAUAUUUUUGUAGAUAAUAUAUAUUUAUUUUUAUUCAUUGUUGAAUAAAGUUUAAAUUAUUGUAUCACU